GUGUUAGACAUAUGCAAUAAUUAGCGAUGCACGUCAGUUAAUACGCGGCUGCACUGCAGCGCGUACUUUGAUCUCCAUGCAGUCAAUAUGCCACCCCUGCCCUUACUUUGCACAGGGCUCUGUAUUCCCACUCACUUCGCCCGAGGCUUUGGGUCAGUCUGUCGGGGGCGCAGGCAUCCUCACCCCGCUCCCUCUAUCUCCCUCCCUCGCUCCACUUCCCUGUGUUUUAUGUCUGCGUCACAACAAGUCGGUCGAGAGAGAGGCAGAGAUGAUGGCGCCUCUCGCUGCUUGAUUCUCAUGCAGCAACUGGCAAACACGCUUAAUAACAUCAAUAAGGAGAGGGAAAGGGGGGGAGAGAGACGGGAACAUGACGAAACGGCGUCGCGAAAGACAGAGAGAGAGAGAGACGGACGGACAAACACCUUUACACUGACGGGUUGACUGACACAUCCGCUUGGCACGGGCACAUACGGUCAAUAGCACACACGUACACAUACUAAUAGUAAUUGCGAGGAGGGAAAAAUCGGAGAUAAAUCGUUUGAUGUCAAGCUUGUGUUGUUAUCGAUGUGACCCAACGGAGAACAGUUCGACUUGACAGGAUGGGUGGAGUGAGUGAAGGAGAUGAUGUUCUGGCUCGAUGGAGUGAUGGACUACUAUACCUGGGCAACGUCAAAAGAGUAGAUGGAGUUAAACAGUGUUGUUUGGUGAGAUUUGAAGACAACUCUGAAUUCUGGGUCCUGAGAAAAGACAUCCACUCUUUUUCUGUGGGAAUAGAGGAAGUUUGCUGCAUCUGUGAUGGCCCGCCUCUCAAAGAACCUUUGAUAAAUUGUCUCAAGUGUCGGCAUGGUUAUCAUCCCGAGUGCCACAUUCCGUCCAUCGAUCCCGACCCUGACAGCAACACCUGGAUCUGCCGGCAGUGUGUCUUCGCAGUGGCAACCAAGAGAGGGGGAGCACUAAAGCGUGGACGAUUUGCCCGCCUCAUGCAGUUGAUGAAGGUGAAGCUGCCCUAUCAGCUUUCAGCUUUGGAUUGGGACCCUCAACAUCUGACCAACCAACAGCAGUGUUACUGUUACUGUGCCGGCCCUGGGGAGUGGAACCUGAAGAUGUUACAGUGUGGUAGCUGUGGUCAGUGGUUUCAUGAAGCCUGUACCCAGUGUCUGGCCAAACCGCUACUGUAUGGAGACAGAUUCUACGAGUUCCAGUGCUCAGCCUGUACGAAUGGACCAGAAACCAUUCAAAGACUACCAAUGAGCUGGGUAGAUUUGGCUCACUUGGUGCUGUAUCAUCUCUCAUUGUGUUGCAAGAGGAAGUAUUUUGAUUUUGACCAUGAAAUUCUGUCCUUCACCAAUGAGAACUGGGAAUCUUUGCUGCUAGGAAAGCUGUCGGACACACCUAGACAAGAUCGUUGUCACAAUCUUCUCAAUGCUUUAAACUCCCAUAAAGACAGGUUUGUCUCUGGUAAAGAAAUAAAGAAGAAGAAGUGUCUGUUUGGCCUUCAAGUCCGAGCUCCUCCACCCCUGACCUCUGACCUAUCACCCCUCAUCACUGACCCUCCCAUCAACAUCUCGCACAGGAGAAGCCCCGUGUCCUCGCCCUGCCAGAGGAGAACGGCGGAGCCGGAAUCACGCAAAUCCAAACGCCGCAUCACAGAGGCCCAGCCCCAUCCACAAGAUGUUGCAGCCAAUCCAAUCGAUUUGGUGCCUUGUUACCAUGGUUACGCAGGUGGGACUGGCCUCUACAACUCCAGAAAAUCAGAUGAUGAAAUAAACUUAGGAUCUCCUCCUAAGAGGAUGUUUGCUCUCUAUCACCCUUCCUACAACGGAGCGCAAAAUCUUUCCCGGGCUUUGCAUCAUUUCAGCGUGGAGGAUCCCUGCAGCCUUCCGCCACCCUGCCUUCCUUUCUCUCGCUCAUCUGCCCACCAGCCUGGCCAGAAACCAGACCUGUGCCCCACGCUCUUCCUGCGUGAUGUCACAUCCUAUUCUGGCGGGGUUUCUGAGGGGGAGGGGUCAGCGCAGGAGAGGGGGUGGGGAGGCGGGGAAGCCGUCAGGAUCUUGGCGAGACGAGUAACACCAGACGGGAAGGUUCAGUACCUAGUGGAGUGGGGAAAUGUAAGUGUGUACUGAGAGAGGGAGGAAGGGAGGGAGGGAGAGAGAGAGAGAGAGAGAGAGAGAGAAACAAGGACAGCAAGCCAGUCAGUGCAGAACGGUUCGGCGAGGUGUUAUUGUGGGAACAAAGAAAAACCAAGGCAAAGAGACCGAGAUGGAUGUAGAUGGGUUGACCUUAGAGACAUUUCAACUGCAAAGUGGCAGUGAAGAAUGUUACAAGGUGAACAGAAAGCCCACAGAACUGCCUCCAGCCAACAGGAGAUACCAUGGUAACCAAGCAACUGCUCCAUGUCUCCACAGUCUACAGCUUCCUCCUGUAUUGCUUAUGUUUCUCUUGUCUUUGAAUUCCUUUAUAUAUCAGUCUGGAGCGACUGUUUACAAUGGUGCCCCUCGCCUCGCCAAGCCCGCAAACUUGAAGGAAAGAAAACUGCGACGUUUACAUCACUCUGCCUUUGUUUAGUCUUUCGGUUUAAACUCUUGGUGCCAAUAUCUUUUUGUUAACUUUAACAUUAACAAAAAAAUACAAAGUCAUUUCACUUGUUUUAUACGAACCGCUAUAGACUCAUCACUCACAUCUUUAACCUUUUGAUAUUUAGUUGUUACAUUUUAAUAAAGUAAUUGCUACUACACCUAUAGCUAUAUUUUUCCUCUAUGAAACCCAAUAACAUAACAUCACAACGGAGAAGUGGUGAUUUUGUUUGACGGAAUACCAGAUACAGGGCCCAGUUGAAAAAUACAGUUCUGGGCCAGCAUGGAAAAUGGUAAGGUGACAUUUUAUGUAGAGAAAAUAAUACCUCUAAGGAAGAAUGAUAUCAAUUCAGCUGCUGGACAAGCUUUCAGUGGACUAAACAAGUAAUGAUGGUAAUGUUGAGAAUGUCACAUGACAUAAUCUCAAUGCUUGUUUAUUUGCUGUUUCAUUGGAGAUCUGGAAUAUUAUCAGUCAGCUUGAUCCUUAUGAACAGGAACAGCUACAUACAUUCAUCUGACCCUGGGGCUGUUGUGCAUUGUGUUACUCUGUGACAAAAUCUGAAGUAGUCAUUAAAUGAAAUGUUUAGAAAUUCAGAUGUGCAAUUUAAAACCAUGAGCAAAAGGCUUUUAAGUAUUUUACAAAUCUGGAAAAUUCUGGAAAGGCAAAAGAAUACGUGCGAUUUAUUAAAAUGGUUUUAGGCUCAAUUUUGGGAUAUUUUUCUAUGAAAGUACUAGUAUUGUAGCCUAAAAAUAUACAAAAGAACACUAGUGUAUGUAUUCAUGUGGAUUGUGGGAAUGUUUUGGAAUCUGGAGUGUUAACUUGGCUGAAAUAUAUUAAGUCCUACCCAGCAAUGCAUGAAUGCAGAUGUGAGACACUGUCCUGUCACAUGUAAGGUAGCUUUAGAUCAUUUUCAGAGAAUUUGGUUGUUGUUUCAUACAUAGAAGGGAUUUGCACCAUUUGUUAGUAAAUGGUAUUGAAUGUUCUAGUGCCAUCUUUCCAUGGGAUAUCCACUGUCCCGCCAGUCGAUUGCCUGGUAUUACUCAGGCACAGACGCACGACGGGGCCAAACUGUGAGCCCAGAACUAAUGGUGAAAUAAAUAAAAAAAAGAACCUGUAGCACUGGGUUUGUUGUCAAGUCCAAUUUGGUUUGAUGUAUUGUUUGAGUUUUGUAAAAAAUAACUUUAUACUUGUCCCCUGGGUUAGCUAAACCAUACACAUUAAACAAAUAAAAAAGAAAGUUACAUCACA